AUGUCGGUGGGUAAGUUGACUGAAUUUGAUUCAGAGUCAGAUUGCUGGGAAUCUUACAUAGACAGACUCGAGCAAUACUUCAUGUGCAAUAGCGUUAAGAAUGAGCUGAAAGUGGCAACGCUGAUUACGGCUGUAGGCGCGGAGACGUACGAGUUGAUGACCAACUUAUGUACUCCGCAUAAACCGGCCACGAAGCAAUACGCGGAGCUUGUUGAGAUUGUGGGAAAACAUCUCAAGCCGAAACCGUCGGUUUUAGCCGAAAGAUACAAUUUUCGGAGACGGGUACAGAAUCGCUCGGAGAAUAUUGCGAACUUCGUUACCGAUCUAAAGAAGCUAUCCAAAAAUUGUGGAUUCGUGAACGACUCUCUAUUCGAAAAUUUUAAAGAUCAGUUUGUAUGCGGGCUAAGGAACGACUCUAUCAGACAAAGAAUAUUCACUGAGGAGGGUGUGACUUUCGAUAAGGCCUAUAAGAUUGCUGUAGCGAUGGAGUCGGCAGAAGCGGAUUCAUCCCUUGUAGCUGGCGGCCGGGAGGUGCCGAUGACUCCAGUCGAUGUGCAACAGGGAAGGUCACCUCAAGAGAAUGUGUCCCCGCAGGAGGGCUGCUACGCGCCUUGA